CCCAUUGGACCCCCAACUCUUCCCCGACCAUUUUUAAGCACCACCACCAUUGUUGCUGCUCUCUUUCUCUCUUUCUUUCAUUUCCAGUUUCUUAGGCUUUCUACGCGGUUUCAGAUUAGUCAGUCCCUCACUCAGAUCUUCUUCCUGCACUCUUUUAGAGAUUCUAGUAGUACUUUGAUAUAGUAAAAAUGUCGCCAGCUGAAUCUUCGCGUGAGGAGAAUGUGUACAUGGCCAAAUUGGCCGAACAGGCUGAGCGUUAUGAGGAAAUGGUAGAGUUCAUGGAGAAAGUAGCUAAGACAGUGGAUGUCGAGGAGCUAACCGUGGAAGAAAGGAACCUCCUUUCUGUGGCUUACAAGAAUGUGAUUGGGGCUAGGAGGGCUUCAUGGCGGAUCAUCUCCUCCAUUGAGCAAAAGGAGGAGAAUAGAGGAAACGAAGAUCAUGUUUCCGUGAUCAAGGAGUACAGGGGAAAGAUUGAGGCCGAGCUUAGCAAGAUCUGUGAUGGGAUCUUGAAUCUUUUGGAGUCGCAUCUUAUUCCAUCAGCCUCGUCUGCCGAGUCUAAAGUCUUUUAUCUCAAGAUGAAGGGAGACUACCACAGGUACCUUGCUGAGUUUAAGACUGGAGCUGAGAGAAAGGAAGCUGCUGAGAGCACUUUGUUGGCUUACAAGUCUGCUCAGGACAUUGCCCUAGCUGAACUGGCUCCCACACACCCAAUAAGGCUUGGACUUGCGCUUAACUUCUCUGUGUUCUACUAUGAAAUCCUUAAUUCACCUGAUCGUGCUUGCAAUCUCGCAAAGCAGGCUUUUGAUGAGGCUAUUUCUGAACUGGAUACUUUGGGUGAGGAGUCCUACAAGGAUAGUACAUUGAUUAUGCAACUUCUUCGGGACAAUCUGACGCUCUGGACUUCCGACAUCAUUGAUGAUGCUGGUGAUGAGAUCAAGGAAGCAUCAAAACGUGAGUCAGCCGAGGGCCAGUAGUGAUGAGUUGUGGUGGAUAGGAUUUGUACUGUGUACUUUGAUCUUAAAAUAGAUGCCAUGUGGUUGGUUGUAGCUAAAUUUAUGGACUUCUUGAUCUUGAGUGUUUAGUACACUUGGGGUUGAAACGUUGAAACAGAUUAUAAAUUUGCCUUUUAUGAUUGAA